AUGCUUGCAGCUGGUGCGUCUUCCCUGACUCAAUCGGCAGGCAUCUUGCCUGGAACGAUUCACUAUGCGUGCAAUAAUUAUGUUGUAGUUUGGGAUCUUAUGAGGGGACCUUCAAAGACCUAUGAUUUGGGGUCGAGAGUUGGCGCAGUAGCCAGCAAUGGUACUGACACUGUUGCCGCGAGCAGUCAUGAUGGCGGCCUGUUUAUUAUCCAGGAUGAUGUCCUGAAAACCCUGCAUACCUAUGAAAAACCUGUAACUUGUCUUGCCAUGGCAGGAUCAUUAUUAGCAGCAGGGACGGUGGCCGGGGUUGAUGUGUGGGAAAGCGGCACUCGUUUAAACUCCUAUACUUUUGAUUCCGGUUUUUACCCGCUGUCAAUUGCACUCUACAAGGAUAUUGUAGUUGUUGGUGGUACCUCAGGAAUUGUUUAUGCUUUAAAUGGCGCAGAAACAAUCAAACUUGAAGGACACGAGAACUGGGUUCGCAGCCUUGAUUUUUGCCCUCUAGAAAACGGCGAUGUUGUUUUGGCUUCUGCUUCACAAGAUAGAUUUAUCAGACUGUGGCGCUUUUCUAGCCAAUCGGUGGAGGAAGACCCCCUAAAAAGCGGCCUUUCUACCCGAGUUCAGCAUCUUGGCUCGUUCACAGUAUUUUUCGAGGCCCUUCUCAUGGGCCACGACGACUGGGUUCUCAGUGUCAAAUGGGACUCUCAUACCUUCAGACUGCUCUCAUCUUCGAGUGACUCGUCCUUAAUUGUGUGGGCUGCAGACAACUUGACGCAUGAAGACGAAGGAUAUGACCUCUGGACACCUCAAGUUCGUUUGGGAGACAUGUCAAUUCUUGGUGCGUCCACUGCUACAGGUGCUUCUGGUGGUUUAUGGGGUGCUUACUGGUUGGAAUCUGGUGUUGCAACCAUCAGCAGGUCUGGUGCCUGGAGAAUUUGGGCUCAUGACACGUGGGAGCCCAUAGUUGGUAUCACUGGACAUACACGAACAGUUACUUGGGUCGCAUGGAUGAAAGAGUAUAUCUUGUCUACAUCUCUGGAUCAAACAACAAGACUCUGGCGCAUCCAUGAUGGACAUCUGCAAGAGGUAUCCCGUCCUCAGAUUCAUGGAUAUGAUAUGCUCUGUUGUGAGCCUGUGCGGGAUGACGCUUUUGUUUCAGGAGGUGACGAGAAGCUAGUCCGUGUGUUUGGACUUCCAGCUCCAGUACAAGACUUACUUGAAAGCCUAGGCCAACCCCUGGGUGGUCACAGUAAUUUGGCUGGUGCCACGGUUCCCGCGCUGGGUUUAUCCAACAAAGCUGAAGCCUCUGAUGAAACUUUUGCACUACCUCAGGGUGAAACCCCUCGCGAAGAUCACUUGCAACGGCAAACGCUUUGGCCUGAGAUUGAAAAGUUGUACGGACAUGGCUACGAGAUCAGCUGUUUGGAUGUCUCUCCCGACGUAUCAUUGUUAGCAACUUGCUGUAAAGCGAACUCCGUUCGUCAUGCCGUCAUCAGAUUAUACACAAUAGAUGGUUGGCGUCAGCUAGAGCCGCUUUCUGGUCACAAUCUUACUGUCACACGCGUUCGGUUCUCCCCAGAUAGCAAGCUUCUACUGAGUGUAUCAAGAGACCGUCAACUUUUUGUGUUUGACAUUGAGUCGCAGAAAGUGGUUCUCACAAACCCCAAAGCUCAUUCACGUAUCAUUUGGGACUGCUGUUGGUUAUCUCCGACUGAAUAUGCCACAGUAUCUCGGGAUAAAACCGUAAAGAUAUGGAACACUAGCGGUGAAGUCUUAACAACCGCUUCAUUCGAGGCACCUGUCACUGCCUGCGAUUUCGACGGUCAUCUCGUGAUUGGGCUCGAAAACGGUCAAGUUUAUAAACUGGAUGAAAACCUAUGUAUUGUCAAAUCGUUCAAAGCGGAUGGACGAAUUGAGCAGCUUGCAAUCCGUCGAAACUAUGUUGCAUGUGCAAGCGAAACAUUACGAGUGUUUACAAUGUAG